AAUGCGUGGGAACCCAUGACGGAGAAUCUCUUCUCCGCGCUCACUCUCAUUGACGAUGAGGACGAUCUCGGUCAGCUCGGCGGUGGCGGCGGCGGCAGUAGCAGCUCUCGAAUUCCUCUCCCGCUCGGCGAUGCGGGGAGAAAGAAUGGCUCCUCGCUCGCUACAAUCGCCGGGGAGUUCGUGAGCCGGCCUCUUGUGUGGAUUGAUCUCGAAAUGACUGGAUUGGAUGUUUGCAAGGAUAGGAUUUUGGAGAUUGCGUGUAUCAUCACUGAUGGCAAGCUAACAAAGAGCAUUGAGGGACCGAAUUUGGUGAUCCAUCAAUCCGACGAGAUUUUGAAAGGCAUGGGAGAGUGGUGUCAAACACACCAUGCAGCUAGUGGACUUACUGAAAGGGUGCAAAAUAGCAAAGUAACCGAGGCACACGCUGAAAUGCUGGUUCUCAAGUUCGUCCAGAAGUACACGAUCGCUGGCUACGCACAGCUCGCCGGGAAUUCGGUCUACAACGAUCUAAACUUCCUCCGAAAGUACAUGCCGACGCUAGCAGCGCAUCUCUCCCACGUAAUCGUCGACGUGAGCUCGAUCAAAUCGCUGUGCAAACGCUGGUACCCUCGAGACGCCGAAAGGGCUCCAAAGAAAGCAAAGAGCCACCGAGCGCUGGAUGAUAUCAGGGAGAGCAUCAAAGAGCUCGAGUAUUUCAAAAGGACGAUUUUUAAAGACAAGCGCUAACCAGUAUGUAAUUUUAAAAAUCCUGGUUAUUAGGGUUAAUAAUUGUAAAGGGUUAAUUGUAAAACCCUAGCUAGGGUUUGGGCG